AUGUCGGUAACCUACUUGCCCUUGGCCGUCGCCUCAGCUGGCGUGGCAUCUCACUUAUUCUUCUUCCAUGUUGGCGAACGCUUUCUAUACCCUACGCGCUACCUCCAAGCAUUCCUUCUGGGGUGCAUUGUUACGAUUGUUGCUCGAUCACAUUAUGGCAACAUUCCCACUAAAGAUGCCAUUGCAUUUACGGCCAAAUACGCUUCACUGUAUCUGGCUGGCCUUUAUACUAGCUUGGUCGUUUACCGUCUCUUCUUCAAUCCGCUGAACAAGAUACCUGGUCCAUACUGGGCACGACUGUCAAGAUUCGACUUGGUCUUCCGGGUUGCUGGGAAAAGGAAUCUGCAUCACCACCUGCUCGCCAUGCACCAGAAGUAUGGCAAGUUCGUGCGGCUUGACCCCAGUGGUAUCUCUGUCACGCACCCGGAUGGCGUGGAAGUCAUAUCUGGCAUUAAAUCCAAAUGCACCAAGGGCGAAUGGUAUGGGAUGGACCUUCCAUUCGUCUCGAUGCACACGUGCCGGGAUCGAGCGCAGCAUGAUCGACGGCGAAGGAUCUGGAGCCCUGCAUUCAGUGACAAGGCACUUCGGGGCUACGAGAACCGGGUGCAAAAGUAUAAUGACUUGUUUCUCCAGAAGGUGGAGGAGGCAAAAGGCGACCCAAUGAAUGUGUCGAAAUGGUUCAAUCUAUACUCCUUCGAUGUGAUGGGCGAUCUCGCCUUCGGCGCAUCGUACGAGUGUCUCGAAUCCGGAGAGAUGCACUGGGCCAUCAAACUGCUCAAUGAUGGCAUGGACAUUAUCGGCUUCUGGUUGCCGUGCUGGCUCUUCCGAAUCCUGAUCGCUAUUCCCGGCGCAGCUGCAGAUCACUGGCGAUUCAUCAAUUACUGCUCGGAACAGCUUGAAAAGCGGAUGAGGAUGCAAGGCAAGCUCGAGAAUCAGGACAUUUCGCACACGUUGAUCGAGCACUUCAACAACUCGGACGCGGCGGCGCAGAAGGCUCAGCUGCCCAUGCUGCAGGGCGAUAGCCGGCUCAUUAUCGUUGCCGGUUCAGAUACGACGGCGGCUACCCUGGUGCAUUUGUUCUACCAUAUCGCCACGGAAAAAGGUCUCCUUCAGCGGCUGAGAGAGGAGCUCGACAGUUUGGUGAAGCCCGACGAGAAUAUUGACUCGCAAAAGAUCCAGGACGCACCACUGUUGAACGGAGCGAUCAACGAGACUCUGAGACUGAACCCCCCUGUACCGAGUGGAGUGUUCAGGAAAACGCCACAGGAAGGAGUCGAAAUUGGAGGCGUGUAUAUCCCGGGAAACACGGUGAUCCAGAUGCCGCAGUAUGCGAUGGCGAGAGACCCCGACCUCUACCCUUCGCCCCUGGAAUUCAUUCCCGAGCGCCACUUCUCCCAGCCCGAGCUCAUGCGCCACAAGGACGCCUUCAACCCCUUCUCCGCCGGCCCGUACAACUGCAUCGGCAAGAACCUGGCCUACAUGGAGAUCCGCCUGCUGACGACCAACAUCAUCCGCAGGUUCGACGUCCGACUGGCGGACGGGGAGACGGGCGAGUCCCUCCUGAUGGCGACCAAGGACCACUUCACCCUCGGGCUCGGGCCGCUGAGACUGUGCUUCGAGCCAAGGAAGGUGUCGUAG